GCUAAUGGACGUGUUCAACCGUCUCAAGGAUUCCUACACCAAAGAACCGCCGUCAAAACCGCCCGCAUUAUCUGCAAACGCCGUGGUAGCAUUGUCGGUAACAUAUGUCUUGCUCUUUGUCGUUCCGUUCUAUCUCGAUAAGAACACUCGACCCUCGGCGACCCUGACUCGCGAUGCCCCGUCCGUCAUCCGCGCCAGACUACGCGCGGUGAGCAUUGCCUCCGUCACCACCGUCGUGAUCACCCUCUACAUCCUAUCGGUGUACGGAAAGUAUGGUUUCGGGGAGUCCCUCCAUCACCUGGGUCUCUGGCCAGUAGGCCUUCACGACAUCGCCAAGGUACUACUACUAUGCAUGAUCCUCUUCGUCGGCCCUCUCUUCGAGAGCUAUUAUGUCGAAUCUUCCUGGCGAGAGUUGAUCUCCGGCUCCGCAUGGCGCGAUCGCAUGGACAGCCUGAUUUGGUGGCGGAAUAUCGUCGUGGCUCCCCUUCUUGAAGAAGCGGUGUUCCGCUCCUCCAUCGUCCCUCUCCACCUCCUCACCUACGCCACCGUGUCUGACAUGCACAACCCCCCGAACUAUGCCAACGUCAUCUACAUCACCCCCCUGUACUUCGGCAUCGCGCACAUCCACCAUUUCUACGAAUUUCGCCUCACCCAUCCGCGCGUCCCGCUCAUCGCUGCCGUCCUCCGAUCGGUCAUUCAGAUGGCCUACACCACGCUGUUCGGCAUGUUCGCCGUGUUCAUCUUGCUACGGACUGGGAGUUUCUGGGCGUGCUGCGCCGCGCAUGCGUUCUGCAAUUCCAUGAGAUUCCCGCGCUUGUGGGGGAGAGUGACUGUGGAAGUCCCUAUGGUGGAAGUCCCGACCGCGGCUGGGCCGGAUGUUUUCGAAGGGAUGUUGAACGCUGACGCUGAGGGAGCUGGGAGGAAGAAUGAGGAUGGUGAUGGCGGUAGGAAGCGAACAGAGUCGGCGAACGGGCCGAGCGGAGGAAAUGUCGGAUCUGCCACUCAGGAGACGCUCUAUACUGUCGUGUAUUACUCAUUGCUCGUCGUUGGUGCGGUGGGAUUCUACAAGAUGCUGUAUCCAUUGACGGGCAGCAGUAAUGCCCUUGUGGCAUUGUGAACGAUCAAACCCCUUUUCAAGAUAACUCCUCAUGUUACAUACCGUGGUAUAUGCUCUCCGGCUCUCUUAUCUGGACUAUCUUAUUCCUGUGGGGCUGGUUCGUUUUCAUGACCAAGACCCAACCCUUUUCAGGAGUCUACAGAAUUGAAAAUCGAUAAUUAAAAAGAUGA